GUAGACCCGCUCCUAUAAAGUUGGCUUUGAGCUGAGGCGUCUUCAUUCAUGAGCACGCUGAGAGGUGGAUCCUGCGCUGCCGUUUGAUUUCACUGACACACUCACUAUUACAUUGGACAAUGCUGCGAGUAAGAUGCCUGAGAGGAGGUAGCAGGGGGGCCGAGGCUGCCCAUCUGAUCGGAGCAAUGCUUGGCCGGGCAGUGACUGGGUGGGUACAGAGGGCCCUCCAAAGCACUUCAAGUGCAGCAGCUGCACAGGCACAGCAUGCAGUUGAAGAGGAACAUGUUACUGAGCCUGUUCAUCAGGAAUGUCCAGUCUGCAGCUACAAUGAAUGGGACCCUCUGGAGGAGGUGAUUGUGGGGCGAGCUGAAAAUGCCCAUGUGCCUCCCUUCACCGUGGAAGUGAAAGCUAAUACAUAUGAGAAGUACUGGCCCUUCUACCAGGAGUAUGGAGGCCAGCGUUUUCCUGCGGACCACUUGAAAAAAGCUGUUGCUGAGAUUGAAGAAAUGUGCAAUAUUCUGCGUCAUGAGGGCGUCAUUGUGAAGAGGCCAGAACCCAUCGACUGGUCUGUGGAAUACAAAACACCAGACUUCACAUCAUCAGGAAUGUAUGCGGCCAUGCCCAGAGACAUCCUUUUAGUUGUGGGAAAUGAGAUCAUUGAGGCCCCUAUGGCGUGGAGGGCUCGUUUCUUUGAGUAUCGAGCCUACAGACCUUUAAUCAAGGAGUACUUCAGAAAAGGUGCAAAGUGGACCACUGCUCCUAAACCAACCAUGGCUGACGAGCUGUAUGAUCAGGACUACCCCAUCCGGACAGUGGAAGACAGACACAAAUUAGCUGCUAUUGGGAAGUUUGUGACCACGGAGCACGAGCCCUGCUUCGAUGCUGCUGAUUUUAUUCGAGCUGGGACGGACCUCUUUGUACAGAGGAGCCAGGUUACAAACUAUAUGGGAAUCGAGUGGAUGCGUCGUCAUCUGGCCCCAGCCUACAAGAUCCACAUAAUCUCAUUCAAGGAUCCUAACCCCAUGCACAUUGAUGCCACUUUUAACAUCAUUGGGCCAGGACUGGUGCUGUCAAACCCUGAUCGCCCAUGUCGCCAGAUCGACAUGUUCAAGAAGGCUGGCUGGACUGUUGUAAAACCACCAAUGCCUUUGAUUCCUGAUGACCACCCACUGUGGAUGUCCUCCAAAUGGCUGUCCAUGAAUGUCCUGAUGUUGGAUGAGAAACGUGUCAUGGUAGAUGCCAAUGAAACCACCAUUCAGAAAAUGUUUGAGAACCUCGGUAUCAAGACCAUAAAGGUGAACAUUCGUCAUGCCAACUCCUUGGGUGGUGGCUUCCACUGCUGGACAACCGAUGUCCGCCGCCGUGGUACCCUACAGUCCUACUUCCACUAGCCUUGCCAGAAACAGGCAGUUUUUAUUGAGCUUUGAAUAUAAAGGCUCAUUCCGGAAUCACUAUGGGAAUCCAUUUUUAUUAUCAGUCAAUCAAUAUUUUGUCCACCAGUUAACAUGUGGUGGAUCUAUAAAUGUGUAUUUAAAUUGGUGUAAAAGUCUUAAUGCUUCAAACUGGCAGAAACAAAUAAUAAUUUGAUAAAGACAGGAGGCACCGAAGCCCUUUCCGGAUUGUGUCUUUAUAUUUAUAUACUAAAUGAAUAUUUAUGGAUUGUUUUGAUUUGACAUUGCUGCACGUCACAGUGCCUUUGCAAACAGCUUUGUUCAGAGAUAAAUAGAAUGUACUGUAUAUGCUAAAUAGCAACAAAUGAACAUCACCUCAAUCAGUAAUCUCAAUAAUAACUGCAUUUCUGGCCUGGCUAUUGUGAAGUUGAAGCGUUAAUGGCCUUUACAUCUAGAGCCAAAGCUCCGAGGACAAGGUACAAUUUGGUAUGCCAAUGUCAUCAAACUAGGGCACAGGAGGAGGGAAGCCUUCUCACGAAACCUCAAGACCGUGAUUCUACCUUUUUUUCACAAUAAAGUAAUGUUUUAUUUAAAUAAAUGUAUAAAACUUUUAUGUAGGUCAUUGAACAAGUUUAUUAUUUUGUAAAGUUUUCCGUUUAUUGAAAGGAGAAAAAAAAAGUUCUGUUUAUACUUUCCAACCUCUUUAUUGGAUUUUCCCAACAAUUCCCAGAUGUAUGUGAUCCAUAUCAGAUUUUGUAAACCUUUUUCCUCUGCUGUUUUCUCCUAUUGCAAAUCUGGGCCAGUUAUAUGCUACUAGCCAUUCUCACUAAACUGCUUAGCUGCUUACGUGUGGAAAGCAAAAAUGUCUUAAGGAUUGAAGGCCUUUUCUUGUGAAGAUUUCUGUUUUUUGAUUCCUUUGCCAGUUUUAGGGAUAUAUACCAUUAGCCUGUCUUGAAAUUUAUUGUGAAACAAUAAAUUAAAGGGCUCAGCAGAGGAAU